CGGAUGUGUAUAUAUAGCAUCAACAAGUGAAAUAAUUAAAUAAUAUAUUUUGUUCUUCCGGAUUAUUGGCACGUUGAUGUAAGGUGGGACUGAAUGGAUUAAAAGAUAGGAAAAUGGGUGAUAAAAUAAGUGACGAAAAUGAUUGACGACAAUUGGCAGCCUGAUGUCAGAGCUUCAACAAAUGACGUGAAUUGAAAUCACGGAGUGCCCCUUACCAUAACCCAGUCGUCCUACAUGUCUUCGUCGUUAUCAGCCCCUCCGCCUUGUGAACGGGGUCAAAUACUGACCAAUCUGAUAGGAGAGAUAUACAAGCUGCCGUGCUGCUACGAUUAAUGAGGCGACAUGGAUUGAUUGAAACAAGAACUGUAUUACACUCAGUCUUUGGAUUUACCAAGUGUGCUGUGAAAAAGAGUUAACGGAAACGAUAUAUGUUUCGAAAAUGUAACUUAUAAACAUGUUUUGAAGGAACCUGUGAAUAUUUUGCUUUUAAUUUAAAAGUUAAAAAGUAUAUUUUUCAACUUCCGAAUGUGCCAUUCAUAUCUACAUGGAACAGUAGCUACUCUAUAAUAUGUAAGAGCAUAGUAUUAGUAACAAGUACAAGUGGUAUGUGUAUGACUCAUGUGUGAACAAAAACAGUCUUUAAUGUACAAUACCUUAAAUUUAUAUACGAACUUAAAAUGCUGCCUCGCAUAAAUAAAAGUUAUGGAGAAAUAAUAUACAUAAACUUUGCGUCAAACACAAUAAAAUCCACCUCCUUAUUUAAGCUCUUUGAUCUUAUUGACGUUGAUCGGGACAAACAGGAUGUUAAUUUGAAUUGAGAGAAACAAACCCAAUUAAAAUGAUGCUAUUACCUAUCUAAUUUAUAACCGUUAGGGCUUUUCAUUUCUGCAGUUUGGAUAGCGUGCCUGCUUGGCUUUCUCACAGGAGGCGGGACCAGAUGAUCGGAAAUCGCUGUAUCAAAGAGUGGCUGGAUUAGACAGGCAUUGGACUUUACCUCAGUUGAUUUCAAAGACCGGCAAUAUCAGCUUGAAUUCAAUUUUGGAAUUUUAACAAAGAAGUAUGUUAUCAGAAAAUGGUAAUGGUAGCCAUCACUUAUAUAAAAUCAACAUUUAGAACCAGUGUUUGAUUAAACAGUGUGUGAAAAAGAUAGGUAGCAAAAUGAAUAAUUCCACGGACGUAUUAGAUAUUAAUCAGACAGAGAGCUUAGACGAAUUGAAUGACCGUUAUGCGAGAGCAUUGCUUCCGCUUACAAUAACGUUCGGCUUCUUUGCCGUUUUCGGAUUCCUGGGAAACCUUAUAAUUUUACUCGUUUUCUCUUUGAGUCGGGAUUACAAGCGGAAUAACUUCAAAGUGUUCGUCCUGACUCUUGCAGUGAUAGACAUGGUGAUAUGUAUAACUUUAAUACCGGCUGAGAUGGUGAAACAGAGGAAAUACUUCGAGUUUGGGGACGUUGUCACAUGCAAGAUUAAGUGCUUUUUCAACGUCUUUGGGGCGACUUCCUCGUGUCUCGCCCUCUUGGUAAUCUCAAUAGAUAGAUUUAGAAAGGUGGUGCAGCCAUUCAAGAGUCAAAUGUCACCAGCCAUUGCAGUACGAAUUUUGAUAGCGGUUGCUUGUGUAUUCCCUAUACUUUUAGCUAUACCCGGAACUAUUAUGUGUGGAAUAAAAACAACAAAUAUGACAAAUAUACAUGGAGGAAACACGUCUAUACAUCUAUGUGAAACUGAAGAAAAGUACGAGAAAUCCAUAUGGAGAGCAGUCUACAAAUUCAUACUCCUUGUUUUACUGAUUGGAAUUUCUGUAACUUAUAUAGUCUUGUAUACAUUUGUGAUAAAAGAAGCUGCGAAACAAAUAAAAGCUAUAUCCAUGCAGCGCAAUAAUUCAUCGUAUGAAACAGUGUUAAGUUCUGGGAUAUAUAAUCAAAAUACAGUUGUUCACGAAACACCAGACGCCGGUCGUAAAUACAUGGGGACAAAUAAACUUGGAGGAAGUAGCGGCUCAAUACCCAACCAAAUUAAAAACGGUUCACCGUCCAAUGGAUCACUUAAUAAUUGGGUUUCAAACCACAGAAAAAGCAUUAAACAGAGUAUCAGAAUCAGUGGUCGAUCACAGAGAACCAAACAAUUUCCAACAAAGACCUUUAUUUGGUUUAUAUUGACUAUUGUGUUUAUUGUUACGUAUGUUACGCAUAAUUUACUGACUUUGAAAGUUGAAAAGAUUGUCAAUAUGUCACCAAGUGAAUUCACUUUGUUUUCGUUUUUCUUUCGUAUAUAUUUCUUAAAUCAUGUUAUUAAUCCAGUUGUGUAUGCUAUAUUUGUUAAAAGCUUUAGGAGCUCUUGCAGAAAUGUGCUUCCUAUUUUCUUAUCAAAACUGAGACAAUGUUGUGUAAGAUAGCUUGUUUUUAUUAUAAUUGUGUAUUUAUUUGUUUUGCUAUUUAAUAGACUGUCAAACAACAUAAUGGUUAUGUAUAAGCUACUACCUUACCUGGUUCAUCUGUUUAAAUAAAUACGACAAAUGAGGUUUUGAUGAUAUAAAGUACUACACUUUUUUUUCUUGCAUUUUUGAUAUAACAAAAAACAGAACGACAUUUUUAUAUGAUGACGUUUUAUAGCGAUAAAUUUUAUACAUUUAUACUAAAACGCUAUUCUUUUAUUUUGUUUCUAUCAUUUGUUGAUUAAACGAAUGAUUUUAACUGAGUUAUGAAAUAAAAUAGUGCUUUUUAAUCUGAAUAUAAUAUUGAUCACAAUCAGGGUUUUCAAUAUUUUGUAGUCUCAAAUUGGAACGGUAUGAAUGCCAAUAAAUAUUUCAAUUUCCUGAAACCAAGAGCAUGUGUCUUUAAUCUGAGUUUGUUUGCUUUAUCUUCACAGUGUACUUUUAAACUAAACACAACCAUUGGUAGGAAUUGCUACUGGGCUUGUUCUUGACUUGACGAAAUAUAUUAGCGAGAUUUAAAUAUUCUUUUGAAUACAUUCUUAAAGAAUUGCACGUUGUAACCGAUAUAAGUCCCAUGCUAUUUUCUUUAUAUAACUUUGUACUAUUUUUGGCAAUUAGAGCGUACACCCAUAGUCUCAUCAUAGAGAUGCAAACAAUAUUUUCUAGAUUAGAUAAGUGCAUCGUUUAUUUCAGGCAAGCUAGAGCGAUAAAAACUUGUUGUAGACACUAUUAGUCAUUUAUCAUGUAAAAUGAUUGAGAGGGCUGUUACAUUUCCGUACAUUCCCUUGGUCCUUUCGUUUCCGUAAUAUAAUGACACAAUCUGAUACCAAUCUUUUUUUUAAUCCGAUAAUGUAACACCAUCAGAGCUUCCAUAUAUACGAAAUGUCACAUAUUCAACUAAUGUUUCCUUUUGUUUUAAAACUUGUUUUGAAAGUAUGUCUUGGAAAUUAGGGUUAACAGCUUUAAAUACGCGUUUACACAAUCGCAAGAAGAAGAACAAUACAUUUCUCAAAAAGAUAUUGUUAUCUUACAAAAAAGGUUAUUUUGUUUAUUCUUUAUAUCAACACCCCAAACUAUGUUUCAAUACUGAAAAACAAUGUAAUUCAAAGUUAUUUUAUUUUACAUUUCCUUGUAUUUAAAGCCUUGAGGACACUGUUAUAAAACGCAUUUGCAUAGGUCUUAAGUACUGAACAUCAACUGAUAGGUAGGACAGGCUGGCGAUACUCGAUGGUUUUAAUUUACAAAACUGGAAGCUGUUUAAUAUUGUACAAAUCACCAAUUUGCAUGUGUUUAGAGCAGCUUUUAUUGU